UCGUGUUGGCUGUAGUAUGUCGUGUGAGAUGGAACUCUCUCAACGUGGUAUAAAGGACGGCCAACGAGCCUGCUAGACCGAAGCUCCCUACUCUUCUUACACCCUCCUUCCGCUUAUCCCCACAGAAAGACGUAAGGUCGCGUACAAGAAAAGUUCUCAUCAAUACAUGAUGCGGUCCAGCCGUUUCGUAACUAUCACGGCCGCCCUUCACCUGGUCGGGGGGCCGGAUCCCUUCAGCGCGAUGGUCAAGCACCUGGCCGGAGACUCGAACACGGGAGUCCAAUGCAGCCAGUGGGGGAUAGGAAUGGCAGAGGCAGCAGCUGUACAGACGGCGGAGGCAGCUAUAAACCAGCCCCCGAAGGAGUACCCCGACCCGCACGCUGUAACGCCGACGGAAACGACCAAAGCAACCGCCGAACCAACCGAUCCAUUCGAAAGACAGGCUCUUUGGGAUGUUCCCCCCGGAUUCGGCUCCGAUUAUGACAGGUACGAGGAACAUACACCCGAUUGGGAACGGUGCGGCGAUCUGCGCGAUCGCUGCGUAACUGUUGUGAACACCGUCACGACGGAUGGCUGGGAGUUCCAUACGAGCAUCGACUGCGUUCAAUGGGCUACGCCGACGUAUAACACACCCAAGCCGACGUAUACCACACCCAAGCCGACGACGUAUACCACACCCAAGCCGACGUAUACCACACCCAAGCCGACGUAUACCACACCCAAGCCGACGUAUACCACACCCAAGCCGACGUAUACCAAGCCUCCAUGCACCACCCACCCCGUGCGCAAGAAGACGACGACGACGAUCGAGACCAAGACCAAGACGAAGAUCGUGACCAAGACCAAGACGCCGCCCGCCGUCACCAAGACCGAGACCAAGACCAAGUCCGCUACCAAGACGAAGCUCAAGUACACCACCGCGACGAAGACGGUGGCCGACUGCGCAACAGUAUCCAUUACUGGUACCUUCAAGGCAACUGCUGUGCCGUCCAAGUCGUGCUCGAAAAGGGAGAUCAUCGUGACAAUGCCAGUGGACGAGUCAGCCCAGCCUCCGCCGGCUCCAACUUCAUCGGAUCAAUAUCCAACGAUUGUAAAGAAGGACGAGAAGAAGGAUGAGAAAAAGGACAUAAAAAACGUCCGGAUGAAGUGCAAUAUAGCUUCCAAGCCGAGAGGAAAGCCGAAUAAUAAGUAUUUCCUUAAAUUCCCAUGGCAUAAGGCGGUGGCCAUGCCGCCGACGAAAGGGCCAAGCCAACCUACGCCGGAACCUGAGGGGGAUCCAACCCAGAUAGCUCAACCUUCGCCGACUGGGAGAUAUAUGCGGGCGAGACGGGAAGGGCAGGCCGAGUCGAAGGGAACGAAGGAAGACGAGGCUCCGGGGAGGAACGAAGACGGGGCGAAAGCCGACGACAAGAAGGAAAAGAACGGGGGCAAGGAGAAGCAUCUUUACGUCGUACCCGAGCCAUGGCUUACGAUGCGCAAGUCGGCCGAGUGGUAUGCUAGCCAGCUGAUCGGGGUCCCCUUUUCCACUCGCCAGGACAAAGAGGAUCCCAAGAAUGACGGCGGCACCGGAACGGGCACCGGUAACACGAACGUCGACACCGGUAGCGGCACCAAGAAUAACGGCGGCACUAACUCCGAUGCUGACUCCGGCACCAAGAAUAACCGCGGCACUGACUCCGGUUCUGGCUCCGGCACUGGCAAACAGGGUACAGACACCGGCGCCGGCACUGGCACUGGCAACCAGGGUGCGGACACUGGUACCGGCACCAAGAAUAACGGCGGCACUGACACUGAUGCUGGCACCGGCGCCGGCACCGGUACCUAGGGUAUUUGGCCUCUCCAGGACAGACUUUAGGACCCCGACGUCGAAGUAUGCCUGCGGCUAGCCAUUGGGACCAUUGGUCGUUUGUUUCUCGGAUGUCGACCUGGAGUUGUGAAGACAGGGUACUGGGCAAUUUGUUCGUU